AUGCUCACGUGUUGCACCGUUGUCCCUUCGUCACGAUAUACACCUGUGUUGGACCCACAGGAGCUUCGGCCAUCUGCAAGACGUAUCGAUCGGAAAUUCUCGAGCGUAGAGUAUGGCCCUCUAAUGGCAGACCAGCUUUGUGGCAACGGAACAAGGUUGAUCUAUUACAUGGAAGUCGGGCAGGUCCUCAGCCGUACCUUCACACUCAAGGACACACACACGGCUCGGCAAGAGUUGAUCAUGUCCUUCGCCGACGCACGCGACGUCGACCCAGAGAAUGUACGACGCGCGAUGGGCAGCACCGUUCUUUUAGAGUUCCCUGCGCCGACAUUUACACACGGAUGUGAUCUAAUUCUUCCCGCUGAAACAAACGGACAACUUCGGGCGUUGUUGGGCACGAAAACACGCCAAGGGAGGAGACUUGAAGCUGGUCUCCACGGCGCUGAACUUGAAGUGGAGGACCUCUACGCUUACCUAGCGUCGGUGGCCGACCGUCACAGAGAAUCAACAUCGAUUUACGUCCCGGAGUUGGUCACUCCAAUUCCGCUGCAUUCGGUGGUCCACCUCGUGACAGGUGCUCGCGGCCUCGGCGUACCUCCAAAUGCCAGAGGAGGUGCAUUCGUCAAUAUUCGUGCGUGGAGCCGGGAGAACCUUUUUUCGGUUCCUUCCAUCUGGGACAUUCCCUUGGUGAAGCCUCGUUUUGGCUGCUCCUUCGAUACGGCUCUAAGCCUGAUGGGGUAUCGCGUGGGCGACUUUAUCGCCAAUGAGCUCGAGGCUUUCAAGCGGGGGGGGAAAUUCAAGGUUGACUGGGAAUUCGGGGCGGAGGGAGCAAACGUGCCUGUGCCGGAACUGGCGGGCUGCAACGUCUCUGUGAUGUACCGGACGUUCUCUGGAGAUGCGAGACUGUUUAACAUGUCAAUUGCUACGGUCAUUGAGCGCUUUCCAAGCGCUUUGGAAGUGGUGGCCGUCGUAGUGGAAGCUGACGUGGCGCUCUUCGAGGGUAUUGUCAAGCCUCUCCGGGCCACAGCACCAUUUCCCAUUCGCGUUGUCGGGGAGCCACAGCUAAUGGACGGCAACAUUCAGCAAAAGUACUCCAAAGUGAUACUCCCUCUGACGGCCGACUUGUACACGAAAGGAGACUACAUCUUGCACAUGGACUCGGACGUGGUCAUGUUCGAGGAUCUGACUUAUCGGCACAUAUUUCAUCUCCGCAAACCUGUUCUACCCUUCCGCCGAUACAGAAACGAAGCAGGAGUGGAAGAAUAG